UUUUUUUUUUUUAAAAUACCUUUCAGUUUGAUAAUUUCUCUCUCAAGUCCCCUCUUUUCCCCUGCAGCCACACUGUUGUUCAAUGGCUACAGACAACAAAUCAAAGCCAAAAAAUGGCAACAAAACGAAGAAUAGACAACGUUAUCGUCCAAACAAUAAGGCAGUGAAGAAAGGUGCAUACCCUUUACGUCCAGGAGUACAAGGUUUCUAUAUCACUUGUGAUGGUGGAAGGGAACGACAAGCUUCUCAAGAAGCUGUUAAUGUUAUUGACUCUUUUUAUGAAGAGCUGGUCCAGGGGACAAAUUUAAAAUUAGGACAGAGAGAAUUAUCAGAAAAACCUGCAAACAAAAAAACUGUUUUCAAAUAUUCUGAUUCAUCUAGUAGUAGUGAUGGUGAUGAAGAUGAACACGGUGACAAUGGGAAUGAUGAGCACCAGACUAAGGAGGAGAUUUCAAAAAUUGAGCAACACCAGGAGAAACUUGAUGAUGAGAUUGACAGCUUAAAAACUGGUAAAUCCGAGCCUGAAAACAAGGAUAACAUCUCUACUGAUGUACAAAUGCAAGGAAAUAUUGAGAAUAAGAAGGAGCUAGAGACAACUCAUGAACCGAAAGAUAUUGAAGUUGGGGAGCCACCUGCAAAAAAACAAUAUGUGAAAAGAGAAGCAUCAGAAGCUGGAAAUAUUGCAUUUGGUAAGACAGAGGAGAAAUCUAUUGAUAAACUAAUUGAAGCUGAGCUUGCUGAAUUGGGAGACAAAAGCAAGAGGUGUUUUAGCUACCUUGACUCAGGUUGCAAUGGUGUUGUGUUUGUUCACAUGAGGAAGAAAGAUGGAGAUCCCAACCCUAAGGAAAUUGUUCAACAUAUGAUGUCCUCGCUUGCAUUGACAAAGAAACAUAUAUCAAGGUUCAUAUUGAGAGUGUUACCAGUUGAAGUAACAUGUUAUGCAUCAGAGGAGGAAAUUGGUAAAGCAAUACAGCCUCUCAUUAUGAAACAUCUGCCUGCUGAAAGCGACACCCCGAAGAAGGUCAUACUUAUACUUCCUGGCCAUUAUUUCACUGUGAAGUUUGCAGUGCUUUAUGAAGCCCGAGCAAAUACAGGAAUCAAUAGGAUGAAAAUCAUUGAUACUGUGGCUAAAUUAGUUCCUUCACCUCACAAAGUUGAUCUUAGCAACCCUGAGAUAAACAUAGUGGUCCAAAUAGUCAAGACUGUGUGCUUGCUUGGAGUUGUUGAAAAGUUCAAGGAGUUGUCCAAGUAUAACUUGAGACAGCUUACCUCUAAGAACUAAGUUUACCGAGACAUCAUACAGAGUUUCAGUUAAAGCAUUGGGCUGCUGUGUUCAAAUCUUCCAUGUUUGAUGGUUUUUAAACUCCUUAGAUAUCCAGUGAUUAUGUUUUAGGUCAGGAUUAAUGAUAGAAUUCCUAUGCUGAGGGAAAUCUUACUGGUACUUUAUGUUAAAAGAUUUGAUCAUAGUUUCAGCUUUACUUCUGACAAUAAUUAAUGUUUGUAAAGAUGCCUUUGCUCUAUUAUUGCUUUGUAUUAUUUCAUGUUUCCGAACG